AUGUCUAAACUAGAGGUCGUUUGGGAAAAUACAUGGGAAUAUUUGGCAGGUGGAAUUCUAUAUAACCAACGACAAAGGUUCAAGUCUCCAGACUUAUCACUCGGUGGAGAUGAACUUAAGAACUUACCUUUGUUCGAAAUAGAACAAAUUUUACUUCGAAACAACUCCAUUCUCAAAAAGUUCACAAAGAUGCCUUACCCAGAUGUUGAAUCUGUUUCUUCUUCAAACAAUCGACUUAUCACCGAGGAGCUAGAUUACGAAAUUCCCGUUAUAAAGAAUGACUUUGAUCGCAUGUUUCUUGCAUUAACAGAUGAGCAACGUAACAUUUUCCUUAACAUCAUGAGUGUUGUUAAAGAAAAUAAAGGAGGUGUCUUCUUCGUUAAUGGUUAUGGUGGAACGGGUAAAACGUUUUUAUGGAAGACAAUAUUUGGAGCAAUUAGAUCUGAUGGUAAUAUUGUUUUAAAUGUUGCUUCAAGUGGUAUUGCUUCGUUAUUAUUGCCCGAUGGUAGAACAACACACUCUCGAUUUAUACUUCCAUUUGAACUUACAUAUGAUUCUUUUUGUAAAAUAAAUACAAAUGGUGAGUUGGCUAGCUUAUUAAGAAAAACCUCUUUAAUAAUUUCGGAUGAAGCACCUAUGGCACAUAAGCAUGCAUUUGAAGUUUUAGAUCGAACUUUGAAAGAUGUAUUAAGGUGUGGAAAUUCAAGCAUCUCAAAUAUUCUGCUUGGAGGGAAAGUUAUUGUCUUUGGAGAAGAUUUCAGACAGAUUCUACCUGUUGUUCCGGGUAGCAGUUGA